AUGCAAGUAGUACUUGACUUCUCUACAACCAUCAAUUGGAACAGUUACAGGAGGGAGGUGUGCGACCAUUCUUUAAUGACUCGUUGUGACGGAAAGGUAGACAGUGUUGACAAGAUAGUUGAAAUAGAAGAAACGAUGUAUACAAGACGGAAGUACAAUGUUGAUCUGUCAGAUCGUUCGGCAGAAACGUUAUUGAAGAAAGUGGAAAAUCGUGUUCAUGAAGGAGCAACCAUAUUUUCGGAUUGUUGGAAAGGCUAUAGUACCAAAGAAUUACAAAAAGGAUAUCUUCAUUAUCAAGUGAAUCACAAAUUAAACUUUGCCGAUGAGGAUACCGGAUGUCACACUCAGAACAUAGAGAGGUUACGGGGAAAUUGUAAAUGGAGAAACAAGUUAAAUACUAUUCUUGGUUAUUUAUUGCUUCUAGUGAAGAAAAUUAAUUUAUUACACACAAAUAAAAUAUUUAACACAAUUUUUUUAAUUGCAGAUAAAAGGAACAGAAAGAAAUUUUCAUGUAAACACUGUAACAAGAACUUCACAACUAAACAAAACUUGCAACGUCAUGAAAGAAUACAUACAGGAGAAAAGCCUUACACUUGUGACGAGUGUAAACAGAAGUUUUCAGUAAAAGAAAACUUAAUUAGACACCUUCGCACCCACACCGGAGAAAAGCCUUACACUUGUGACGAGUGUAAGAAGAAGUUUACACAACGGAAAAACUUAAUUAAACAUCUUCGCACCCACACCGGAAAAAAGCCUUAUAGUUGCGACCAAUGUAAACAGAAGUUUACACAAAGGGGAGUCUUAAUUAGACAUCUUCACACCCAUACCGGAGAAAAACCUUACACUUGUGAAGAAUGUAAAACGAAGUUUUCAGUAAAAGGAAACUUAAUUAGACACCUUCGGAUCCACAACGGAGAAAAACUGUAUGAAUGUCAAUUAUGUCCAGAGAAAUUCAUUCUUAGACAUCUUCGCACCCAUACCGGAGAAAAACCUUACACUUGUGAAGAAUGUAAAAAGAAGUUUUCAGUAAAAGGAAACUUAAUUAGACACCUUCGGAUCCACAACGGAGAAAAACUGUAUGAAUGUCAAUUAUGUCCAGAGAAAUUCAUUCGAAACACAGACCUACAAAAUAGAAGGAACAGAAAGAAAUUUUCAUGUAAACACUGUAAGAAGAACUUCAAAACGAAAUAUCAAUUGCAAAAUCAUGAAAGAAUACAUACAGGAGAAAAACCUUACACUUGUGACGAGUGUAAACGGAAGUUUUCUGAAAAAGGAAACUUAAUUAAACAUGUUCGCACGCAUACAGGAGAAAAGCCUUACACUUGUGACGAGUGUAAACAGAAGUUUUCUGAAAGAGGAAACUUAAUUAAACAUCUUCGCACCCAUACCGGAGAAAGGCCUUACACUUGUGACAAAUGCAAAAAGAAGUUUACACAAAAAGAAAACUUAAUUACUCAUCUUCGCACCCACACCGGAGAAAAGCCUUACUCUUGUGACAAGUGUAAACAGAAGUUUACGCAAAAGAUAAACUUAAUUAAACACCUUAGGACCCAUACAAGAGAAAAACUGUAUGAAUGUCAAUUAUGUCCAGAGAAAUUCAUUCCAAAUACGGACCUGAAUAAACAUUACAAAAUUCACAAUUAGAAAUAAUUUUCCUUCGAAACUUAUAAUUUUCAUUUAUGUAUAAUAAUCAAAAGAUUUAAGUAAAACUGGUUUAAAAUUAAAAUCAUUUUUUAAUUUUUUUUUAUUUCCUGAAAUUUUGGAUUAAACCACGUUAUUAUAUUCAUACUUAGAUGUAAUUUCCUUCCAAUUUUAUAAUUCUAUAACAGAAAACUUUUUUGUUGAUCGACAGAACUCUGUAUUUAUUAGCACACGUGGUUUUAACACAAAAUUUAAGGAUUUCGAAUUUUCUGAAACUUUCUAUUUGCAACUGUCUGUUUGAAUAUACAGAACAGCGUUUAUGUAUAAGUUUGUUGGAAACAUGCUUUUAUUUUAAUAA